AUAAUCUCAUCCUCUUCCUCCUAAUGACUACAAAAUGCCUGACUAAAAACAAUUGUAACACAAACAAUGUAAAGUAUCCAAAAUUUCGUUGAGUAUGAGCACCGUAACAUAAACCCUUUAUUUAUUACAUUUUUAAAUUUUUUUAAUAAGUGUGCACAUUCGAAAGUAUCGAGGGCUUGAAGAGCGCAGGACAGAAGCUCCAGUUCCAGUCUUUGCAAAAGCCUUUGCCCCCACUGUUUACAUGUACGGGGAGAGAAAGUUCCGUCCUCACCGUGUCUGUGGAGAGGGAGGAAGCUCCAGUUUAUGCGAAAGCCCUCGUCUCCGAUGUUUAAAUUGAGAGAGAGAGACUUUAGUCUUCACUGCGGCCGUGGAGAGAGAGAAGCCUUUUGGAGUUCGUUUUUAUAAUGCCGGUGUCCCUCCUGGAAUUCCCAUCGAUGAGUGUGAAACACCAUGAAAGUCAUGCUCAAAAUUAAGCUUCAAAACCGGUUAACCUAGUCCAACCUCUUUUUGUAUUUUCUGGUUCUUUUGAAUCAAAAUGGGUGUUUCAAGAAGUAGCAGUGAUGAAGAAGAUGGUGAUGCAGAGUGGAGAGCGGGGAUUGAGUCGGUGGCAAAUGGGUUCAAUCCGAUUUCUGCAAAUUAUUCAAGGAAUCCACCCAAAUCUUCUGAUAAAUUGCUUCCGGAGUUCUCAUUGGAUGAAGAAAACAAGAGAGAUACAGGAAAAUCCCCUGGCCUCAAGCUCUACCAAGUGAAGGCACAAAACCUUUUACACGAUUUCUUAGACAAAAAUUUGGUAAUGGUUAGGGAUCCUAUCCCACCUCGUGAGGGCAAUAAUGUUGCUAAUGAGGAAGAUGGUGUCCGCUUAUUCAGCCGAGCUCCUUGUGGAAUAACUUUUGAAACUGUAGAUGCAACUCCUGUGAAGAGAAAGCGACCAAGAAUUCUUCCAACUGAGAGCAUCAAUGAGAAAUCAAAGAAGUUCGUUCGAAAGCUUAGGUCAGUUGUGGUGGAUGGUGAGGAUAUAAUAGCUGCGGCUGAGGUGGCACACCAGAGAUCAUUGGAUCGGUUUGUGGAGAGAGAAGCUGCAACAAAGGCUGCAACCAAGAGAGAGGAAGAAAGAGUUGCAGCUUUGAAGAGUCUUAGAGGAGAGCGAUGGCUCCCUUCUUUGGCAAAAGAGAUGCAGAGGAGUUGAGAGCAAAUAUGUGAAAUUUGCAGACCUUUUUUAAUUUAUUUUUGGUAUGUAAGCAAGGAUUGAAAUUAUAACCUUAAGUUAGCAACUAGCAGACAACAAUGCCCUGCCAAUCGUGCUAUGAGCUUGAACCCAAAUCAAGGAACCCCUUAAAGAACCCUAAAAAGGGAAGGAGGAAAGAUG